CUAUUUAAAAGGUUUGCCCACACCUGGCCCACGGCAUCUUCUUGUCAAAACAGCGACGAGGAAAGCAUGACAACUUUACAAUUUCUGCUUGUCGUUUUUUCACUAGGAUGUGCUGUUGCGGUAUCUCAAACCGAUGUUACAAGUAACAUUACAUAUGCCUGUUUACCGGAUGGAAUUGUCCAUAUCCACGGUAUUCCAAAGGGAUAUACGGUGACCAGCCUAAUCGGGGGAUCAAGGUGUCACGUGACGCAGAUUGAUGCACAUGACUUUGCCUUGGGACAAUAUUGCACGCAAUGGGUGUAUCAUAACUACCCGUAUUACAAAAGCAUGUACCAGGCGGAUAUACAGCUCGGUCAUUCCUCAUCUCAUGUCGUCGGAGGAAGUGAUUUUAGUCCAUUUCGCCUGAUUUGUGAUAAAGUCCACUCCGGCGGACAGGUGUUCGACGUCGUAACAUCUCUUAACGUCAGGGACAGGUCGACCUAUUUUUCUGAUUUUAUACCAACACUACCAAGUGCCAGGAAAUCAGAAAGCAAUCGGAUAUACCAAACGUCUCCACAACUUUUUAUCUCAUCCACAUAUCCCUACUACUACUACUCGGGAAGCUUAUUUUAUCUUCAGCUUCAGAGCGGCUCAUCGCAUUACGCGAUACGGCCAGAAAACUGUACUGCCAGCGCUAACGAUCCACGAUAUUAUUAUACAUCAGGAGAUUCGGUUGAAUUAUGGGAUAUUACAAAGGAUAGAUGUGUGCUGGAGCCAUAUCUAAUGGAAAAAUUUAUCAGCAGCAAUGCCGACCAAACUGAGGUCGCUGCGCCAGUAUAUGCAUUUCACUUUGGAACUCGUGGAAACUACGAUCACACAGUCUAUUUUGAGUGUUCUGUUCGUGUGUGUAGUCGUGGAUCCUUCAGCUGCAGUUUGAACGUUUGUGAUGACGUAAGGCGUGAAGGAAGGAGUGCUGAAGAGGAGGAGGACGACGACUAUGAACACCACCUUGUGACAGGGACACUGACAUUAGAGCACAAUGCCAGUGGCUCGGACAGAGGGAGAUUCUCCCUCUUCACAACUCUACUGGGUGUUGUUGCUGUGGUAUUGUGCUGGUAGUGUCUUUUGCCUGUGACACCAAAAAACCUGACAUGGGCUGGGAAUGGUAGUAUAUUCAUAUCCAUACGGUCGGCAAUGAGACCACGUGUACUUUUACGGAAACGACUGAUUCCUUUGAUAAACUUUGUCAAUUACAUAUACUGUCACAUUUUAUUAUUGCUUAACUAAUAAACAGC